AGUGCUGCAGCAGCUGCCGCUGCAAGGCUUUAAGGACUCGGUGCUGCGGGCGACAAGGCAAAAGUCAUCAACCGGCCCUCGAUGCAUCAUCCCGUUAGAGAGCCAUGCAUAGGAGACAUCUCCAGGAAAUUCCAGAUUCGGGCAGCAACGUCACCACUAGCUUCACGUGGGCAUGGGAUCCCAGCAAGACACUGGAGCUGCUCUCAGGCAUGGGAGUGUCUGUUCUUAAAGAUAAGCUAGCCAAUGAGAAUACCCCCCAGGAGCUGCUGAUGUGUGUGGGGCCUCCGGCCAAACGACAGAAAGUGAAGGACAAGGAAUUUGUCAUCGCCCGUAGACCUAGGCUGCUGCGAGAGACAGCACCAGGUGUUUCUUGGGAUACCCUGCCUGAUGAAUUGCUGUUGGGGAUCUUCUCGUAUUUAUCUUUAGCUGAUCUGCUAAGAGUUUCCCAGGUUUGCCGGAGAUGGCACCGACUUUCAAUUGAUGAGUCGCUCUGGAAAACCCUGGACCUUGCAGGGAAAAAUCUGCUGCCGGGAGUGAUUGGCAAGUUGCUGCCCUUGGGUGUCACUGCCUUCCGUUGUCCGAGGUCCUGCAUUGGGAAUCCUUUGUUUAAAACAAGCAGACUUCUUCAGGUGCAGCAUAUGGAUCUGUCCAGUUGUACAAUCCAAGUUGCCGACCUCCAGAGUAUUCUUGAUCGGUGUCAGAGCCUAGAAAACCUCAGCUUGGAAGGGCUCACCCUUUCUAGUGAUAUUGUUAGAAAAAUAGCGCAGAACUCCAGCUUGAUACGAUUAAACCUGUCUGGAUGCUCUGGGUUCUCUACAGAAGGCUUGGGGGCAGUGUUGAGCAGCUGUUCCAGGCUUGAAGAGCUGAAUUUGGCUUGGUGUGACUUUACUGUUGAUCAUGUGAGAACAGCAGUCAGCCAUAUUCCUUCCACUGUAACACAACUGAACCUUAGUGGAUACAGGCAGAAUCUACAGAUGUCAGAUGUUAAAACAUUACUAGAGAGGUGUUGCAAUCUAGUACAUUUAGAUUUAAGUGACAGUGUUAUGUUGAAAGCCGAAUGCCUUCAGUACUUCUGCCAGCUGACUUAUCUGGAGCAUUUAUCUCUUAGUCGAUGCUACCAGAUACCUCCUGCAGCCUUACUUGAACUCGGUGAAAUUGCUACACUCAAAACACUCCAAAUUUUUGGAAUAGUAACUGCAACCUCUCUCCAGCUGCUAAAGGCAACACUUCCACAUAUAAAGAUCAACACUUCCCAUUUUACAACUAUUGCAAGGCCCACCACCAGCUCCAAAAAGAAUCAAGAAAUCUGGGGAAUCCAAUGCAGACUGAGUUUAAGAAAUCUGGUUGGUUUUUAAUGUGGCAUCUAAGGCUUCCGGGAGCCAGCAACAUUCCCCAAAACCUUGACUAUGGAGUUCUGGAAAAGUUGGGUUACUUUUACUUUACUUCAUAACUUGUAAUGCAUUUUCCGACUACUUUAACUGACAAUCCCAUUGAUUUCAGUGUUUAUGUGCAAGCAGGCUACCUUCCGUAAUUUAUCAAACCCUUAGUUUUUCAGAUGUACUUUCUACUAUAGUUGAAUUUUAUCAAAGGCACAUUAAUCAUGUACAAAUACCUGGUGAAAUUAAGCAACAUGCACACCCUGCUCCUGGAAACUGUGGCUUUUUAGAAAAUUAUUAAAGUCUGCAAGUUUUUAUAUGCCUGUUUCAGUUGCCUAAUCAAAUACUUCUUUUAGUCGUUGGAGCCAGUACUUGUUCACAUUAUUAUGGGGGCGCUGUAAUAAAUUGUGGAGUCUCAAGCACUUCAAAUCUCACUCUUGCAGCUGAGAUGUAACACUAAUGCAUCGAGAUAAUUCUUUUUGUUUUUAAAUUUCUGCUGGUGUUGACGUUGCAUCCAGAGCAGAACUCCCCGUUUCUCUUGAAAAGAAUUAGAUACAAAAUUUCUGUUCAGAUAUUCUCCCCCCUCCCCCCCAUGAGAAAUACACUAGUACCAUUUCAGUGGCAAUUAAUCCGUAAAUUACUUAUUUUUUAAAAAAAGUUAGUACAAGUGGGAAUCUCAAGGAUUUUGUAGGCUGUUUCUUCUUUACUGGGCAACCUGUGGUUUCUCCAGACAAGAACAGCAAUCUGCCCCUAUGAAGACUGAGGCUGGGACAUUCAUUCCCAGAAAAGCAAGCUGAUCAGCUUCCUUAUAAUUAGUUGCCCUGCAGAGUGGGCUUGAUGUAUGCAGCAAACUCUGGUAGGGGGACUUCCCUCACUUUGGCGGACAGUUGUGUAUAUCUGGGGGUUUCCUGGGAUAUAGAGAUAUGCUUAGCCAGAGUUUAAGAUGAAAUCAAGACCCAAUGAUAUAGUACAAGCUUAAGCUAUAUGGCCACACCCUGUUGCCUCCUCCUGUCUAUAUUAUUGCUACUAUAGAGAUAAUUGGACUUCUAACAGUACUUGAAGUUCUUCUAUAUUCUAAUAUGCUACAAGAUGAACAGGUGACUUUUCCUGUUUUGUCAUGGCUGUGUCAAAUAUAACUGAGGUACAAAAAUGAGUAUCUAGUGGUAGAGGUCAUUCUUAAUUAGAGAAUUCAUAUUACGUAGGCAUAAGGGCAUAUUUAUAAAGAACGGGGGGGGAGGGGGAAUUAAGUUCUAAAAAGCAUCUUGUGCUAACCCAGAUAACCACUGAGAAUUCAGUACGGACAU